UUUCGACCGAUCCUGCGUCAAAUCGGUAUUUCCGGCAGUCACGUGGUCUGCGCGGACCAAUCACAACGCGUUCCUAUACUCUAUAUAGGCCGACAUUUUCUGACAAGCGUAGAAAAAGUUUUCAUCAACAGCCGCCAUUUUGCGCUGGAGAGACUGAGAAGAAUUUCGGAAUUUGUCGUGUAAAUUUUCUGUUUUUUCUUACAUCAUUUUAUCAUAAACUUUACCAUUCCGUGUAUUUUAAAGUGUUAAGUGAAAUCGUGUUGUUCGAUAUCGUAAAUAAGUUCUAUAAAGUAGCUAAAAUCUGGUGAUAUUGUUUUCAUUUAUUGUGCUAGUUCCGACGGAAGAUGGUGAGAGGGUCUGUGUAGCUCUUCGAUUCGGAGCUUUGUAAUGGCGAAUACUUGAGUGAGAAAUUAUAAUAUGUGCCUUCAAUGGUGCGAAGGACAUCGAACGAUCGCGAUGUGGGUGAAUUACAUUAUGAUGAAUGACAAAUCGCUCUAAAAUGUUAUUUCUUGAAGAUAUAAGACAUAAAAGUGUUUUUUAAAUCGGCGGGCCGAAAUAUUCACGACGGCUUACGUUUAGUAAACAGAGCCAUGGCCGAUGAGCCGCCUAACAAGCGGCCUAAAAUGAUCCGGGACCCUUUUCAGGGUCCCUCGGACUCCGCGGUAGAUGGGUUUUCUAACCUUGACAUGUUCGACCUCGAAAAGGACCUCCCAGAUGAAUUGAUGGGAGGUGCUUGGGGUGAACAGCCCGGGGUCACAGGCCCCAAGCCUCCCGCUCAGGGACCGGGCCCAGGGGGACAGAUGUCCCAACAACAGCAGCUGAAUGGAGAUGAUCCUACAGCUGCUAUACACAGGCAAAUCAACAAUCACCUUAUACAACAAGGCAACAAAGGCUUAGUAGGCCACAACAAUCCGUUAGGAUUGAAUAAUUUAGGUAGUAAGAGUCCAAACUUACAGUCACCUCCAAAUGUGUCUGUAUCCAAGGACCUCAUGGGUGGCAUGCACCCACAACUAAUGCCAAAUACGAGUCAUCCAAAUCAGCUGCACUCCACAAUGCCUAUGAGUUCAAUUCAGGGAGGAAUGAAUGUUGCUACUGUUGGUGGAAACAUGAUAGUGACCAAUAGCAACAUGUCUGGCGCGGGUAUGCUGGGCAGCGGAAUCAUCAACAGUGUCAACAAGCAACUCCCACUCAUGGGCGCCAACCAUCACGGCACGCCGCCACAUCAUCCACACGCUCAGCCGAUGCAAAACGGGCCACUGAGUGGGCGCGUGAUGGGCACCCCGAACAUGCGCACGGCGCUGCAGCACCACCCGCGCAUGCCGGCGCCGGGCGGCGGCGGCCACCCGCUGGCGCCCUACCAGCCGCCCUACGCGCAGUCCGCGCAGGGGCCCGGCGUGCCGCACGUGCAGCGCGCCGCCAACGCGCAGGGCGUCGGCGUCGGCGUGCGCUUCGGCCCGCCGGCCGACGCGGGCGGCGGCGGCGCGGCGCAGGCAGUGCCGCCCGCUCCCUCGCCGCAGACCCCGGGCGCGCCGGCCGGCGGCCAGUCCCAGCCGCAGGCUGCGACGCAAGCUCCUUCCUCGCAACCUCCGAACGCUUCGCAACCGCCUACUACCGGGUCUAUCGCCGACCCGGAGAAACGGAAGCUUAUUCAACAACAACUGGUGCUACUGUUACACGCACACAAGUGUCAGAGACGAGAGUCUCAAUCUAACGGCGAGACGUGGCAGUGCACAUUACCGCACUGCAAGACUAUGAAAGGUGUUCUCAACCAUAUGAUGUCGUGUCAGGCUGGCAAGAACUGUGCAGUACCUCACUGCUCAUCGUCGAGACAAAUUAUCAACCACUGGAAACAUUGCAAUAAAAAUGACUGUCCAGUUUGUUUACCGCUGAAACAAGCUGAUAGGACUAGAAAUAUGACUGCGGCAGCGGCAGUAACUCACACUACGGCAGGAGUGAGCACUGGCAACGUAGGAGGCGUCGGCGGCGUCGGGCCCGUGCCCGGCGUCGGAGGCGUCGGGGGAGUGGGCGGCGCCGCCAACAACAUGGGCGCCGUCAACCAGCUGGGAGGCGCCGCGCCCAGCAGCGCGCCCCCCGCGGCCGCCGCGCCCAGCACGCAGGGCGCCGACAUGAAGCGCGCGUACGAGGCGCUGGGCAUCGCGUGCCCCACGUCCGUGGCCAACAUGGGCGGCUUCCCGCGCGCGCCGCUGUCCCGCAUGGCGGUGCCGCGCGCGCCGGGGCUGGCCGACCCCGGGCCGCCGCCGCAGCCCAUGCAGGCCUUGUUCGCGCAGCAGCCGGCCGACCUGCAGCAGCAGCAGCAGCAACUGGUCAGUCUCAUACCUCGCGUCUCUACCGGACACUCUUCCUUACGGUCACUAUUUAACGGUUGCACUAAACUUGUGCAGAUGGGAGGUCCACUGCAACUACCGGGCGGGACCGUAACCGCCAAUCCUGUAUCUGGCACCAAAGAGUGGCAUCAUUCUAUUACGGCUGAUCUCAGAAACCACCUCGUCCACAAGCUGGUUCAAGCUAUAUUUCCCACUCCUGAUCCGACUGCAAUGUUGGACAAAAGAAUGCAUAAUCUUGUCGCAUACGCGAGAAAAGUAGAAGGCGAUAUGUACGAAAUGGCGAGUACUCGAUCAGAGUAUUAUCAUUUGCUAGCCGAAAAAAUAUACAAAAUUCAAAAAGAACUCGAAGAAAAGAGACAAAAGCGAAAGGAACAACAACAAUUGCAGCAACAACAACAAGCUGCACAACAACAACAACAACAACAGCAGCAACAACAACAGCAACAACAGCAGCAGCAGCAAGUGCAACAACAACAACAAGUAGCCCAACUGCAGCAACAACAACAGCAACAGCAGCAACAACAGCAGCAACAGCAGCAGCAACCCGUCAGUGUGAUGUCGGGCGGCGGCGUGCUGGGCGGGGUCGGUGGGGUCGGCGGGCCGCGGCCGGGUGUCGGCGGCCAGCUCGCCCGGCCCGCGCUGCCCGCGCUCGGCGCCCAGCCCGCGUUACCUACCAUGCGCAUUCCCUCGCCCGGGAUCGCGCUCUCGAUGCCUGCCAACCGCAUGGCCUUCCAGUCCAACCUCGUGUGCCCUCCGGGACCCAGUCCGAAUCAGAUGCCACAGACGCCCAACGGUGGAAGCGUGGGCGUUGGCAGCGUCGGAAAUCCGGGCAUGUCACCGUUCGGCCAACCGAUGACAUCGCCGGCACCGAAUUACCCCCCGAUGCAGACGAACGGUCCGGCACCGCUAGCGUCUCCGGGCCAUCCGGAUGCGAAAGUUCGCCUAUUGGGCAGCGCGGUGCAGAGUCCAUUCGUGAACCACGCGGCCUUCGGGCGCGCAGAUGCGGCGGCGGCGUCCCCGGCGGGCGGCGCGCCGCCCAGCGUGCCCGCGGGCGCGGUGGCGGCGGGCGCGCCGGGCACUCCGGCCACUCCGCUGGCUCACCCCUCGCCCGCGCCCGCGCGUCCACCUCCCGUGUCUUCUCAUCUCGCCGCAAUCACUGCUUCCGCUUCUGCUGAUGACAGUCCACCUCAAGACGAAAAUCGCAUCAAACAAGAGCAAGAUGACGUCCGUGUCAAGGAUGAGCCUGAAGAGGAUUGUGGGGGUAAAGGAAUGCGCGAUGAAACUCCUGACAAAGAUGCGGAACGAACUGACUUUAACAUCAAGACUGAAGUUAAACCAGAGGUCAAACAAGAAGUUAAGGAGGAACCUGGUGAAACUAGCGUCGGUAGUGUUGGGGAAACUACGACAGGAGAACGUGGCGCACGCAGAACCUUUGUAUUUAAACCUGAAGAGCUUCGGGUAGCGCUCAUGCCAACUUUAGAGAAAUUAUUCCGACAAGACCCCGAGUCCUUACCGUUUAGACAACCAGUCGAUGCGACAGCGCUCGGUAUACCUGACUACUUCGAUAUUGUCACCAAACCUAUUGACUUGUCCACCAUCAAACUGAAGUUAGACCGUGGGGAAUACAGAGAUCCUUGGGAGUAUGUUGAUGACGUCUGGCUGAUGUUUGAAAAUGCCUGGCUUUACAAUCGAAAGAAUUCAAGAGUAUAUAGAUAUUGUACCAAGCUCUCAGAAGUGUUCGAGUUGGAAAUUGAUCCCGUAAUGCAAAGUUUAGGCUAUUGCUGUGGUAGAAAGUACACUUUCAACCCUCAAGUGCUCUGUUGUUACGGCAAACAGUUGUGUACGAUACCACGGGACGCUAAAUACUUCAGUUACCAGAAUAGAUACACCUUCUGCCAGAAAUGCUUCAAUGACAUCCAGGGCGACACCGUCACGCUCGGCGACGACCCGCUGCAGCCACAAACUGCAAUCAAGAAGGAUCAAUUCAAAGAAAUGAAGAAUGAUCACCUAGAACAAGAACCGUUUGUUGUAUGUAUGGAUUGUGGGAGGAAGCAGCAUCAAAUAUGUGUGCUCCACCAUGACUCAAUAUGGCCCCAGGGCUUCUGCUGUGAUAAUUGUUUGAAGAAGAAAGCGGCUAAACGGAAAGAGAACAAAUUUUCUGCUAAAAAACUUCCUACUUCCAAACUUGGCAUUUAUAUUGAAACAAGAGUCAAUAAUUUCCUUAAGAAAAAAGAGGCUGGCGCUGGUGAAGUGCAUAUCAGGGUGGUCGCAUCAUCAGAUAAGAUGGUGGAAGUGAAACCAGGCAUGAGAUCGAGGUUCGUAGAAUCUGGAGAAUUGUGCUCCGAGUUCCCGUAUCGGGCUAAAGCGUUGUUUGCAUUUGAAGAGAUUGAUGGAACAGAUAUUUGUUUCUUUGGCAUGCACGUGCAGGAGUAUGGCAGUGAAAGUCCGACACCGAACACGAGGCGUGUUUACAUAGCAUAUCUAGACUCUGUACAUUUCUUCCAACCUAGGCAGUACAGAACUGCCGUCUAUCACGAGAUUUUAUUAGGAUAUUUAGAUUACGCCAAGCAACUGGGCUACACGAUGGCUCAUAUCUGGGCGUGUCCACCCUCAGAAGGGGACGAUUAUAUCUUCCACUGCCAUCCACCCGAACAAAAAAUUCCUAAACCUAAAAGGUUACAAGAGUGGUAUAAGAAAAUGUUAGAUAAGGGAAUUAUAGAGAGAAUAAUAUUAGAUUAUAAAGACAUACUCAAGCAAGCUAUGGAGGACAAUAUCUCGUCUGCGGCGGAGCUACCUUACUUCGAAGGAGACUUCUGGCCCAACGUCCUUGAGGAGUCCAUCAAGGAGUUGGAUCAGGAGGAAGAAGAGAAGAGAAAGCAAGCUGAAGCCGCCGAGGCAGUGAUAUUCCAGUCCUCUGAGGAGAAUGAGCAAGGUCCUGAUGGCAAGAAAAAGGGUCAGAAGAAGGCGAAGAAGUCGAACAAGUCAAAAGCUGCGCAGCGUAAGAAUAGCAAGAAGCAAAGCGACCAGCAGCAAGGCAGUGAUCUCAGUGCAAAGAUAUUUGCCACCAUGGAGAAACACAAGGAGGUGUUCUUCGUUAUUAGGCUACAUUCCGCACAAUCUGCUGCCAGUUUAGCGCCUAUUCAAGACCCUGACCCAUUGAUCAACUGCGAUCUGAUGGACGGGCGCGACGCGUUCCUAACGAUGGCUCGUGACCGACACUACGAGUUCUCGUCAACGCGGCGUGCGCGUUUCUCCACCCUGUGCAUGCUCUACGAACUACACAACCAGGGCACGGACAAGUUUGUCUACACCUGCAACAGCUGCAAGUCGCACGUCGAGACGCGCUACCACUGCACCGUCUGCGACGACUUCGACCUCUGCGUGCCUUGCCACGAGAAGGAAGGCCAUCCGCACAAGAUGGAGAAACUGGGUCUCGACAUAGACGUGGGCUCGUCCCCGGGCGACAUGAAGCAGGCCAACCCGCAGGAGGCGCGCAAGCUGUCCAUCCAGCGCUGCAUUCAGUCGCUGGUGCAUGCCUGCCAGUGUCGCGACGCCAACUGCAGACUGCCGUCCUGUCAGAAGAUGAAGCGUGUCGUAACGCACACCAAGAUUUGCCGCCGCAAGACCAAGGGCGACUGCCCUAUCUGCAAGCAGCUUAUCGCGCUGUGCUGUUACCACGCCAAGCACUGCCAGGAGACCAAGUGUUCUGUACCUUUCUGCAGCUCUAUCAAACAAAAACUGAAGCAGCAACAGGUGCAACAGCGAGUACAGCAGGCUAAGCUACUGCGCAGGCGCAUGGCUGCCAUGAACACGCGCGGCGCUGCGCCUCCGUCCCCGCCCCCUGCCGCGUCGCUGGCCUCGCCCCCGCCUUCUAAACCCGCCACACACGCCUUACCUCACAAUGUGCAGAAGGCUUUGCAGCAGGUUCAGGAGGAGGCGGCGCGACAACAAGCGCCGUCUUACGGGAAGCAAGCAGCGAUGGGGCCCCCGGCGGGGGCAGUCGGCGGAGUGGGUGGAGUCGGCGGGGUGAACGUGGGCGGCGUGGGUGGCGUGGGCGGCGUGGGCGCGCGCGGCGAGUGGGCGGCGCGGUACCGGGCGCCGCCGCCGCUGCACCACCCGGCGCACGCGCCGCACCACGCGCGCCUGCAGCACCACCCGCAGCCGCAGCACCACCCGCACCCGCACCCGCCGCAGCAGCUACAGCAAAGGGCGCCGGCGCCCACUCAGCAAGCAAGUCAACCGCAAGUUCAUCAGAAGGCAUUACAACAGUUAAUGGCUACCUUGAGGUCGCCGACCAGCCACAACCAGCAACAAGAGAUACUGCAGAUUCUCAAGUCCAACCCACCCCUCAUGGCCGCCUUCAUCAAACAAAGACAGAAUGCCCAAAAUCAACAACAGGCGGCAGGCGGCGUUGGGGGGGUCGGCCCUGUAGGUGGGGUCAGUGGUGUGGGUGGUGUCUGUGGCGUGGGCGGCGUGGGAGGCGUGGGAGGCGUGGGCGGCGUGGGCCUGCCACAGCAACAACCACAGCUACAGCACAUGAUGCAGCCGCAGCAACAGCAACGGUUGCAGCAGAUGCAUCAGAUGAUUCCGCAGCAGUCUCAGGUUGGGGGAGUGACUGGCGUCGGCGGUGUGUCAGGAGUCGGUUUGAGUGGUGUCGGCGCCGGCGGCGCUGGGGUCGGGGUCGCGGGGGGCAUGGCGCAUGGCGGCGCCGGCUGGUUCAAGGGGGGUGUCGGCGGCGUCGCCGGGGUCGGCGGCGUCGGCGGCAACAUGAUGGCCAUGCGCGGUGCUUACGGCGGCGCAGGUGGCGUGGCGGGCGUGGGCGCGCGCAUGAGCGCGGUGGGCGCGCGGUAUGCCUUCGGCGGCGGCGGCGGCGUGGGCGUGGGCGCCACGCGGUCCCCGCCGGCCACGCCGUCCCCGCGGCCGCCCACGCCGAGCGAGCUGCUCCUGCUGCGCCAGUCGCCGGCGCCGGUGGCUCCGCUGGCGCCGCCGGAGGAGCAGUUGCCGCCGAUGACGCCGCAGGACCAGCUCACGAAGUUCGUGGAGCAGUUGUAGUGUACAUAGUGAGGCGCGCGGCCCUGUACAUAUAGGCUAGCGGCCGCGCCGCACGAGUGUAACCCCUCCCCCUCGCUCGUCCCCUCCCCGCCCUAUUUAUUGAUCGAGUUGUCGUUAGCGACGCGAGGGACGUAAAUUAAGUAUUACGAUGACCGAAACGAGCGCUCAAUGUACAAAAUGUAAAUAUGAGAGGAGUACGUCCUGUCCGCUUCUGCGUAACGUAAGUUGUUUGUAGUGUAGGUACAUUAUGAUACUUAUUCUGUUUAUUGUAAUUAAAUCAUUUUAUAAUAUAAUUAUGUGAUCAUUAUAAAAAGUUGUUUCUAUUCCCCUACAUAAAUU